GUUGACGUACGUCAAAGUCGAUCGAGUUGGACCGAUAAGUUGGAAUAGAAGAAGAAGACGCUGGCGCCGUUUGAGCGCAUGUUGCAUCAAAGACUGUUGCUUCAACAGUCACCGUCGUCGUGGCGAUGAAUUUCAGUAGCGAUCGAAGAGUUGGUGAAGCGGAAAAACUGAUGAUGGAAGCAGCAGUCGAUUGGCUGAUGCAAGUUCUCGAUCGAAACACGAGCGGAAUCCAUCCUAAUGAAUCCACUUUGCUGGUGGAGGGCGAUGAUGACGAUCCAUUUUGGAGCCAAGAACAGCUGAUUCUCAUUGAGAAUUUCCCCGCAAACGCAUUCGUCGUUAUGGGCUUGAUUGUCUCAAUCAUCGGCAUCUUCGGGCUUGUUGCCAAUGGAAUGGUCCUCUUCAUCUUUUCCAGAUUCAAACGACUCCGAUCACCUCCAGUUAAUACGUUCAUCAUCAAUUUGGCGUUCAGCGACAUGUUGUCGUCGAUCCUUCACUCUAUGGCCGCCUAUUCGAAUUUCAACGGCCGCUGGGCGUUCGGUCGUCUGGGCUGCAAACUCUACGCCAUGGGCAUCACUUGCUUCGGACUGGUCUCCAUUUUAACGUUCAGCGCCAUCGCUUGCGAACGGUGUCUAGUCAUCGGUGUGGCCAGCAGUCGCUUUAAGGUGAGCCGAUCGCAGGCCAAAAAGGCCUGCUGUUUCAUAUGGUUGCACUGCGCCGUUCUUGUGUCGAUGCCUUUGUUCGGCUGGUCGUCCUACGUGCCGGAAGGGCUUUUGACGACCUGCUCCUGGGAUUACAAGACACGGACAGUGUCCAAUCGGGCGUAUUACGUCCUUCUCCUUUCCGCCGGAUUCUUCCUUCCCUUGUUAGUCAUCUUUGUCAGUUACGGUCGAAUCAUGUCGUCGGUCAUGUCGCAGGCCCGCCAGAUGAUCUGCAUCAAUUCACAGAACAGCGUCUUGCGCAAAUUGCGACGUCAGACGGAAAUCAGGACGGCCCAAAUUGUUGUCACGCUCAUCCUCGUUUACCUGACGGCCUGGACGCCCUACGCCAUCGUGACGCUCAUCGGACAAUUCGGCUCCAAAGAUUACCAACUAUCUCCAAUGGCCACGGCCAUUCCGGCCUAUUUCGCCAAAACGGCCGUGGUUUUGGAUCCGCUGGUCUACGGAUUUUCUCAUCCGCACUUCCGGACAUCUCUCAAGAAUUACCUGUCCAAUGUGUGCGGUUCCCGGAAUCUGAAAAUCGGCUCCGACAUCCGGCCGCACAACCACAGUGGCGGAAUGUCCAAGUGCAGCAGCAAAAGUUGGCCAGGCGGAAUGCCCGGCAACAGCAGCUACCAGUCGCGCGGAAUGACGGUUUAUCCGACUAGCGCUUGUUGCGCUCUGCGUAUCUGCGAGCCGCACAAUUGCACGCGGAUGAAUUCGUCCGCAGCUUCGGCUGUUGCUACAACUGGCGCCGAUAAUGGCCAGCGCCGGAUGUUGCGCACUUUCCGCGAACUAUCCCUACACGACGUCCAGCAGCACGAAACGAGCUUUAAUAAUAAAACAUCCAACUGUCGAAGACCUAGCGCCGCUACCACAAUGGGCCGGCAUCCAUCCAUCCGGCGGAAUAGUCAGCAGACUCACCAAGCGGAUCAUCAUUUAUUCCGUCAGUUCAAGUACAAAGUUCGCAAUGCCGAAUUCCACAGCGAAUGUUGUGGACCGUCGACUUUGGUAGUCGUCGGAGCUCAUUGAAAAUUUUAAUAAAAACCCAACCCUAAAUCUUAUAUAAUUACAUAUCCAUGUCAUAUGUUAAACCCCAAAAAAUUGAUUCGCAAAUCAUUUGGAGAAAAUGUAAAUACAAUUGAUUGAAUUACAAAAUGACGCAGCCUGCUGUGCAAUACACACUAAGUUGUGCAUAGA